AAUAAGAACCCGUUUCGUAACUUUCGGUCACUGUCUCGUGCUUUUAUGACGUCGACUCACGGCAGUUAGAAUAGUUUUGCGGUUGGAAGCAACGCGAGUGUCCGAUCAGCUGCUGAGUGUUGGGGCUGGAGGCGGCAAACUGCAGACCGGAGAAACGGAAUAAUAACCUGCAACUCUGCUGUCUUAAAACCUAAAGCAUUAGGAGAAAUUCUGCUUUGGGGCCACGCGUGGCUGAAUCAGCGGAGGAAGAAGACAUAAUUGAGGAUUAAUUUUCGGUUUUAUCAUCUAAAGAAGUAUCAAAAUUUGAAAAAUGACUAGUUGGAGUGAAUCAUCGCAGGACACCAUCCUUCCAAAGCUUAGUGUGUCAAGUGUCCUUGAAUCAUUUGCAUCCAGUCCUGACAGGAAAAGCAGAGUCCGUCGAAGCACAGUUGGAAUGCUGGCCUUGCAGGAAACAAUUAAAGAAAAGCAGGGAAGAUAUAGAGAAGCAAGAGAAAACAGGAAGAAGUUGUUUGAUCAGAUGCAUCAUUAUAUCAUGGAAAUCCUGGCCAGGUACUUGGCAAUAGAGAAAGCUACAGUGGAGGAGUUUGUUCUGGAUUCGCUGACUUUCCAACCUUUUGAUGACUUCUUUUCGAAAGGAGGCAUAAAAACACUUGUGUUCUUCUUCCAAAACGCUGAACCACCACCAAUAGAGUGCGGCCGAAUGAUUUCUGGAGUUGCUAAGGGGACCCAAAUGAAGAGAUUAUUUAUGGGCAAUUUAUUCAGUUCAAGCCUUAGUGGCCUAUGUUUAUUCUUUGUGAGGUACAAAAAUGAUGUUCCUAUCACAGCAAGAAAUAUUAAUGAGGAGAUAUUCUUUUCUGUCUUGGAUUGUACUGAUGGAAUACUUAAUGGUUCCAGAAAUAUGUUAGAAAAUAUCUUUUUGCCUGCCAUUUGUGCAUCUGAAAACUGGGGAGUACUUAACCAGUCCAUACAUGGGGAAAAAGAAAAGAGAUUUUUCAAAGAGAUUAUUCACAGAUAUAUUAUCUUCUUAAAUGGUACAAAAACAAGCCUUGAAAAUGCUGUAGUACUGAAGAGUGAAAAAGUUGAUCUUUCUCAGUUGCGUUCUUUUGAACAAAUAAAGGCAGCAGCAUCCAAUCCAGAAAUGGUUUUACAGCUGGAAAAUCUACUUUUGAAAUGGCACAAUCAACUAGAACUGGUGCUGGCACAAAAUAAUCAAGUGAGGAAAGAAGCUGAAGGUUCAGGUCCACUCACUGAACUCGAAUACUGGAAAUGCACAUCAGCUCAAUUCAAUUCCAUCAUAGAACAACUUAAAGGGCAACAUUGCAAGGCAAUAAUCAAUGUGUUAAAUAUAAGUCAGUCAAAACUGAUAAAGAUAUGGCAAGGGAUUGAUUCUGAAAUCACCGAUGCAGCUAAUGCAGCAAAGGACAAUGUGAAGUUUUUGCAGGCUUUGGAGCAAGUCUGUCACCCACUCUACAAUUCUGAUCCAGUGACUAUGACAAAGAGUGUUCCAAAUUUAAUCAAUACUAUUCAAAUGAUUCAUAAUGUGUCACGGUAUUACAACACUUCACAACAGCUGACUUCACUCUUUAUUAAGGUCACAAAUCAAAUGGUUACUGCCUGCAAAGCAUAUAUCACACAAGACGGGACAGUUCAUGUGUGGGAUCAGGAUUAUGAAACUGUUAUUAAUAAAAUGCAGGAAUGCAAAAAAUUAUUGGUGGAGUAUCGCAGAUAUUUCCAGAAUACAAAGAAACAUGCAACUGAAACAGAACAGGAUAAUCCUUUUGAUGUGUCAGAAAUGUACAUAUUUGGUAAACUUGAGGUCUUCUGUAAAAGGAUGGUAAAGAUCACUGCAAUGGUUGACAUAGUGAAGACCUUUUCAACGUUGCAACAUUCCACAAUUGAAGGAAUAGAAAUCCUGGCAAUCAAAUUCCAUAAUAUUUGUUUGAAUCUGAAGAAGAACCAUUAUGACAUUCUGGAUCCUCGUAAAAAGGAGUUUAAUGCAGACCAUGCGGUAUUUAUGAAACAGAUAUCUGAUUUAGAGAGCCUGAUUGAUGAUUUCAUGAAUAGCUGUUUUGCUAAGAUUAUUUCUUCACGACAGGCUUUACAUCUUCUGAAGCGAUUUCAGAAUUUAAACAUGCCUUCUCUUGAGUCAGAAAUUGAUGUUACAAUUGAACGUAUUAUUCAACACUACACAGGAGAAUUGAUGUUCAUAAAAAAGUAUUAUCAGGAGAAGAAGGAGAAUCCUCCACUUGCUAAAAACAUGCCUCCUAUAGCUGGAAAAAUACUAUGGGCGAGACAGCUCUUCCAACGUUUACAUGAGCCCAUUGACUAUUUCUAUAAAAAUUCGGACAUUCUAAAAAGCCCACGGGGCAAGUCUAUUGUGCGAAAGUACAACAAAAUUGCUUACGUCUUGGUAAAGUUUGAAACUCUGUAUUAUAAGGCUUGGGUGAAAGAAAUUUUAACCAUGCAGUAUGUGCUGCAAAUACCUCUUUUGGUACAUGAUCCAGAAAGUGGAAAAAUGAGUCUAAACUUUGAUCAUAGAAUUACUGAAGUUCUCCGAGAGGCUAAAUGCUUGUUAAAGAUGGGCCUGGAGGUGCCAGAGAUCGCUAAAAGUUUGCUGAAGAAUGAGAAUACAUUGAUAGCCAACUAUAAUUCUUUGGAGUACGUUCUUCAAAAAUUUGAGAGUGUGUGUCAAGGAAUUCCUUCUGAAUUUUUGAUGUUAAUUGCACCUAAAAUUAAAAAGAUUGAGUCUAUUCUGAGACAAGGAAUCACUUUACUGAAUUGGUCAUCUGUGACACUCAAGAAAUUCUUCUCUGAUGCGAAUACAGCUGUAGAUGAAUUAGUCAUGUUUUUAAAGACUGUAAAGCGUAGACGAGUUGUAUUUACCGAAGAACCUGCAGAGGAAAAAGUAACUUCCUAUUCUUCUUUUGGAGAUGACGUUCUGAGCCAUAGGGAUGAUGACUUUGAAAAGGAUGUUACAGAACUUUAUGCACAUUUUAGUCGUCAGUUGCUGGAUGCUUUAGUGAAAUCUACACAUCUGUCUUUAGAAAUAAUCAAAAGAAGAAUCUUCAACACCUAUGAUAGAAGAGGACAAUAUGGCUACUUAAACAAUGUUGAAGAAUUUGCCCCCUUUUUGAAGGUUGAGGUUCACUUGGCAAUUCCAAAUGUGGUUUUGGUACCGAAUCUGGAUGAGAUUCAGCAUGGUGUCAACAGAACAAUUCAGAUGAUUUUGGAAAUAAACCGUAAAGUGAAUCAGUGGAGGAAGUCAAAGUAUCAUCUCAGUAGUACUGCUGCACUGAAGAUAGCAGAAACAAGUGAAACAAAGAGUUUAAGGAAGCCAAAGAAUUUUUAUCACAGUGUGGCAGAACAUAAAGAUGUGACCAAAUUAGUCGCUAUGUUGUCUGCUUCGGUAGGCAUUAUAAAAAAUGCAAUUAUGAGUAUACAAGAAAAGUUUCAAAAAUUCAAUAAACUGUGGUUGCAAGACAGAGAUCCAACAGUUAAGAAAUUUAUAGAAGGCAACCCCAGUCUAUAUGAACUACGGACAAAAAUAGAGUACUAUGCCGCUCUUCAACAAGAUAUUGAGGAAAUCAGUUCCACAAUUACACUAGGUUUUAUCGAAUUGAAUACAGAACCCAUUAAAAUGGCUCUUAUGCUGGAGGCCAAAGCUUGGAAAAUGAUACUUUGUCGGUUCUUGAAUGAACAGUACAAGGGAAAAAUGUCAGAAAUAACAGCUUUCAUCAGUGAAGAAAUGAAAAAUUUGGCUCGACCAAUUCAAGAUUUGGAUGAUGUUAGAUUUGCCAUGGAAUCACUAGCAGAAAUACGAAAUAAUGAAAUAAAAUUGGAUAUGACUCUGGCACCUAUUGAGGAAGCUUAUAGUAUCCUGAAUAAGUAUGAAGUGGAGAUUUCAAAGGAGGAAGCUGAGGGGGCUGACACACUGCGGUACUUCUUCAACAAACUGCAAGUUAAAGCUAGAAAUGUACAAGAUGAACUGGUACAAGUCCAGCCCAAAUUUAAAGCUGACCUGCUAGAGGCAGUGGAAGUUUUCCAGAAGGAAGUGCUCAAGUAUGGACGACAGUAUGAAAGGGAAGGUCCUAUGGUUCCAGGCAUUGCACCUGCAGAAGCCAGUACCAGAUUGCAAAUCUUUCAGAGCUGGUUUGAUGAGCUAUGGAGGAAGUUUGAAACAUAUUCAUCAGGAGAACGUUUAUUUGGAUUGCCUAUUCAAGAUUAUGAAAUACUGCAGAAAAAUAAAAAGGAGCUGGGACUUCUGCAGAAAUUGUAUGGUCUUUACGAUGCAGUGAUGCAUAAAAUUAAUGGUUACUAUGACAUUCUGUGGAAUGAACUAGACAUUGAGAAGAUUAAUGCUGAGCUUUUGGAGUUUCAGAACAGGUGCCGAAGGCUGCCCAAAGCCUUGAAGGAGUGGCAGGCAUUUCUGGAUCUGAAGAAGAAAAUAGAUGAUUUUAGUGAAUCAUGUCCUCUCCUGGAAAUGAUGUCCAGUAAAUCAAUACAACCUAGACAUUGGAAGCAGAUAUCUGCCACAACAAAGCAUAAAUUUAAUAUUGAAUCGGAAUCAUUCUCACUGAAAAAUGUCAUGGAUGCUCCACUGCUUCAAUUUAAAGAUGAUAUUGAGGAUAUUUGCAUAUCCUCUGUGAAGGAGAAGGACAUUGAGGCCAAGUUGACUCAAGUGAUACAGACCUGGACCAGUCAGAUCCUAAGUUUCUCAACAUUUAAGAACCGAGGUGAGCUGCUGCUCAGAGGAGUGGAGACAACAGAAAUCAUAACAAUGAUGGAGGACAGUUUGAUGAUCUUGAACUCUUUACUCAGCAACAGAUAUAAUGCUUACUAUAAGAAAGACAUUCAGACGUGGGUGCACCAUCUGACGGCAUGCACAACUAUAAUUGAACAGUGGCUUUUAGUUCAAAAUCUGUGGAUUUACUUAGAGGCUGUCUUUGUUGGAGGAGAUAUUGCCAAACAGUUGCCACAGGAAGCAAAACGUUUUCAAAAUGUUGAUAAAUCAUGGGUAAAAAUUAUGCAGCGGGCACACGAAAUUCCAGUUGUGGUCCAGUGCUGUGUAGGAGAUGACACUAUGAGGCAGCUUCUGCCUCACUUACAAGAGCAACUGGAAGUCUGUCAAAAAUCUCUCACUGGAUAUUUAGAAAAGAAGAGAUUGCUAUUCCCUCGAUUCUUUUUUGUCUCUGAUCCAGCUUUACUGGAAAUCCUAGGCCAAGCCAGUGAUUCACAUACCAUCCAGGCCCACUUAGCUGGAGUGUUUGAUAAUGUAAAUGAAGUAAUUUUCCAUCCAAAGGAUUACGAUUCCAUUUUGGCUGUUGUUUCUAGGGAAGGAGAAAAAAUUCAUUUGAAUACCCCAGUAAUUGCUAAGGGCCCUGUCGAACUAUGGUUAAGUGACUUACUGCGUGUCCAACAAGCAUCGUUACACACUGUGAUUAAAUUAGCAUACUACAGUUUCAGUGAACCAGAAUUCCAGCUGAUACCGUUCCUCUAUGAGGCUCCUGGUCAGGUUGGAAUACUAGCAAUCCAAAUACUUUGGACACGGGAUUCAGAAGAAGCACUUAACAUGGCAAAAGAUAGCAAAAAGAUCAUGCAGGCAACAAAUCAGAAGUUUCUGGAUAUGCUGAACUCACUCAUCAGCCAAACUACUCAUGACCUGUCUAAGUUUCAGAGAAUCCAGUUUGAAACUCUUGUUACCAUCCAUGUUCACCAGCGGGACAUUUUUGAUGAUUUGGUCAAAAUGCAUAUCAGAACAGUGAAUGACUUUGAAUGGUUGAAACAAAGUCGCUUUUAUUUCAGAGAAGAUGCACAAGAAGUAAGAGUGAAUAUCACUGAUGUGGAAUUUAUCUAUCAGAAUGAAUUUCUAGGCUGCACAGAUCGUCUAGUUAUCACACCUUUAACAGACAGAUGCUACAUCACUUUAGCUCAGGCUUUGUGGAUGAACAUGGGAGGUGCCCCUGCUGGACCUGCUGGUACUGGCAAAACCGAGACUGUGAAGGACAUGGGCAAAGCUCUUGGAAAAUAUGUAGUGGUGUUCAAUUGUUCAGAUCAAAUGGAUUUCAGAGGUUUAGGGAGGAUCUACAAAGGUUUGGCACAGUCUGGAUCCUGGGGCUGUUUUGAUGAAUUUAAUCGCAUUGAGCUGCCUGUAUUAUCUGUGGCAGCACAACAAAUUUAUAUUAUUCUUAUUGCACGGAAAGAAAGAAAGAAAAUGUUUAUCUUCACUGAUGGAGAUAGUGUAUCACUUAACCCGGAGUUUGGCAUUUUUAUCACAAUGAAUCCUGGAUAUGCAGGACGUCAAGAGCUGCCGGAAAAUCUAAAAAUCCAGUUUCGGUCAGUGGCCAUGAUGGUCCCAGAUAGACAGAUCAUUAUAAGAGUCAAGCUUGCUAGUGUUGGAUUUUUGGAUAACAUAACUCUAGCACAAAAAUUCUUUGUGCUUUACAAACUCUGUGAAGAACAGCUGACAAAGCAGGUUCAUUAUGACUUUGGUUUGAGAAAUAUUCUUUCUGUACUGAGGACACUGGGAGCUCAGAAGCGAGCUCGGCCUGAAGACAGUGAGUCAACAAUUGUCAUGAGAGUUUUGAGAGACAUGAACUUGUCUAAAUUGGUGGAUGAAGAUGAACCUCUUUUCCUGAGCUUGAUCAAUGACCUGUUCCCGGGUAUACAAUUGGAUAGCAGCACCUAUGUGGAACUGCAGGCAGCUGUUUCUAAUCAAGUGGAAAUUGCAGGAUUAGUUAAUCACCCACCGUGGAAUCUCAAACUUGUCCAGCUGUUUGAAACAGCCAGAGUUCGUCAUGGACUGAUGACACUGGGUCCCAGUGGUUCUGGAAAGACUUGCGUAAUUCGCAUCUUAAUGCAGGCAAUGACUGAGUGUGGAGCCCCUCACCGAGAGAUGCGCAUGAAUCCUAAGGCUAUUACUGCUCCACAGAUGUUUGGCCGAUUGGAUACUUCAACAAAUGACUGGACUGAUGGAAUCUUCUCAACUCUUUGGAGGAAAUCUAUCAAAGCAAAAAAAGGUGAGAAUAUCUGGAUCAUUCUGGAUGGCCCAGUGGAUGCUAUUUGGAUAGAAAAUUUAAAUUCUGUACUCGAUGACAAUAAGACCUUAACAUUGGCUAAUGGUGACCGUAUUCCAAUGGCUCCUUCUUGCAAAUUGCUGUUUGAAGUACACAACAUUGAGAAUGCAUCUCCAGCCACAGUGUCCAGGAUGGGGAUGGUCUACAUUAGCUCUUCUGCUCUCAGUUGGAAGCCAAUUUUAAAGGCUUGGUUGAAGAAACAUCCCCCUCAUGAAGCUGAGAUUCUACAGGCCUUGUAUAACAAAGCCUUUGAAGAUAGUUAUGUGUACAUGAAAUUAAACCUUUAUCCAGUGAUGGAGCUGUUGGAGUGUAACUACAUAAUGCAGUCAAUUACCCUUCUAGAUGGUUUGCUGGAUUCUGGAGUGACUAUUACUGAAGUACAUCUGGAGCGUAUCUUUGUAUUUGGACUUAUGUGGAGUGUUGGUGCCCUACUGGAAGGCGAAAGCAGAAUUAAACUUGAGAAGUUUUUACGAAGCCAUAACAGCAAACUUGACUUGCCUAUUAUUCCUGCAGAUGCUAAUGAAACCAUAUUUGAGUAUCUUGUUAAUCAGAAAGGUGAAUGGGAAAACUGGAAAAUAUGGGUUCAAGAGUAUCUUUACCCGGCUGAUAGAGAGCCAGACUAUAAUUCAAUUCUAGUACCAAAUGUUGACAAUAUCAGGACUAACUUCCUUGUCAAUACCAUAGCAAAGCAAUAUAAGGCAGUACUUCUGACUGGGGAACAAGGAACUGCAAAAACAGUCAUGAUUAAAGGUUAUUUGAAGAAGUAUGAUCCAGAGGAACAUCUCUCCAAAUGUCUGAAUUUCUCUUCUGCCACAGAGCCCUACAUGUUCCAGAGAACUAUUGAAAGUUAUGUGGAAAAACGAGUGGGAAGUACAUAUGGACCUCCCAGUGGACGGAAAAUGACGAUAUUCGUUGAUGAUAUCAACAUGCCAGUGAUCAAUGAGUGGGGAGAUCAGAUUACUAAUGAAAUAGUUCGUCAGAUGGUGGAAAUGCAAGGAAUGUAUAACUUAGACAAACCAGGAGACUUUACUAAAAUCGUUGACGUGCAAUUAAUGGCUGCAAUGAUCCAUCCAGGAGGCGGACGCAAUGACAUUCCUCAGCGGCUGAAGCGACAGUUCACAAUCUUCAACUGUACACUCCCAACUAACUCCUCCAUUGAUAAAAUCUUUGGAGUUAUUGGAAAUGGAUAUUUUCAGUCUUCAAGAAACUUCACCCCUGAAAUUUGUACAGUGAUAACAAAACUUGUAGCCACUAGCAGGAUCCUCUGGCAGUGGACAAAGGUGAAAAUGCUGCCCACUCCAGCUAAAUUUCAUUACAUCUUUAAUCUGAGGGACCUGUCUCGCAUCUGGCAGGGAAUGCUGACCAUAAAGUCCAGUGAAUGCCCUGAUCUAGAGACACUGCUGGCAUUAUUCAAACAUGAAUGUACUAGGGUUAUUGCUGACAGGUUUAUAAGUGAAGAGGAUAAACUGUGGUUUGAAAAUGCAAUAACCCAGUGUUUUGAAAACCAUCUUGGAAAAGAUUUGUCAGAAAAGCUUCACAAAGAGCCAUACUUCGUUGAUUUUCUUCGUGACAUGCCAGAGCCAACUGGUGACGAACCUGAAGAUUAUGUAUUUGUUGUUCCAAAAGUCUAUGAACUGGUGCCAAACUUUGAAUUCCUGACUGAAAGAUUACAGUUUUAUCAGGCACAACAUAAUGAAGGUGUCCGAUCAGGAUAUCUUGAUCUAGUCUUCUUCAAAGAUGCAAUGCUGCACCUGAUGAAAAUAUCUCGUAUAAUUCGAACAGAUUGUGGAAAUGCUUUGCUGGUUGGAGUUGGUGGUUCUGGAAAACAAAGCUUAACAAAGUUGGCAUCCUUCAUUGCUGGAUAUAAAAUCUUUCAGAUCACUUUAUCAAGAGCAUACAAUGCUGGCAACCUAAUGGAUGACUUGAAGAUACUGUACAGAACAGCUGGGGCAGAAGGGAAGGGCAUCACUUUCAUAUUCACUGAUAAUGAAAUCAAAGAAGAGUCAUUUCUUGAAUAUCUAAAUAAUGUGCUCUCUUCAGGAGAGGUGUCAAACUUAUUUGCACGAGAGGAGCUUGAUGAGAUUACUCAGUCACUUAUUGCAUCAAUGAAGAAAGAAGCUCCUCGUAUCCCUCCCACAUUUGACAACCUGUAUGAGUAUUUUAUAAAAAGAGCACGGAGAAAUUUACAUGUCGUCCUCUGCUUAUCUCCGGUUGGUGAAAAAUUUCGAUCUCGUGCCCUGAAGUUCCCUGGCCUGAUUUCAGGCUGCACAAUGGACUGGUUCAGUCGCUGGCCCAGAGAGGCACUGGUUGCAGUCUCCAGCUAUUUUCUUUCUGCUUUUCAUAUUUCAUGUUCAGAGGAGGUUAAAAACCAACUGGUAGCAACAAUGGGUGUCUUUCAUGACAAAGUCUAUCAAACCUGUGAGGACUAUUUUCAAAGAUACCGGAGAAGAACACAUAUAACUCCCAAAUCUUACCUUGCUUUUAUAAAUAGCUAUAAAUCUAUUUACACAGAGAAACAUGCGAACAUCAAUGAUCUUGCUGAGCAUAUGCAAAUGGGUCUCUCCAAGCUCAUGGAAGCAACUGAGUCAGUGGCUCUUCUCGCUAAAGAACUAGUAGGGAAAGAAAAGGAACUGGCCGUGGCAUCUCGUCGUGCUGAUAAGGUGCUAGGAGAGGUGAGAGUGAGUGCAGAAGCAGCAGAGAUAGUCAAAAAUGAAGUCCUAAUGGUGAAAGAUAAAGCCCAGAAGAUUGUGGAUGAAAUAGCAGUGGAAAAAACUGUUGCAGAGGAUAAACUUACAGCUGCAAAGCCUGCACUAGAAGCUGCAGAGGCAGCUCUAAAUACUAUUAAGCCUGCUGAUAUUGCCACUGUGCGUAAAUUAGCCAAGCCACCUCACCUGAUAAUGAGGAUUCUCGACUGUGUUCUGGUUCUCUUCCAAAAGAAAAUGGACACAGUUACCAUGGAUCCAGAGAGGCCCUGUGUCAAGCCUUCCUGGGGCGAGUCUUUGAAGCUAUUGAGUGGCACUGGGUUUCUACAGGCCCUGCAGCAGUUCCCAAAGGACACCAUCAAUGACGAAACAGUGGAACUGCUCCAGCCGUAUUUUAUCAUGGAGGAUUAUACAUUUGAAAAUGCAAAGAAAGUAUGUGGGAACGUUGCUGGUUUGUUGUCCUGGACUCAGGCUAUGGCUGCCUUUUUUGCCAUCAACAAAGAGGUGCUGCCUCUAAAGGAUAAUUUGGCAGUACAGGAAAACCGUCUCCAAGGGGCCAUGAACCAGUUAGGAAUUGCCCAGGCUCAGCUAGAUGAGAAACAAGCCGAGUUGGACAAGGUGCAGGCCAAGUUUGAUGCUGCCAUGAAAGAGAAAAUGGAUCUGUUAGAAGAUGCAGAAAACUGCAAAAGAAAAAUGGAUGCUGCCUCAACUCUGAUAGAUGGUCUGAGUGGGGAGAAAAUCAGAUGGACUGAUCAAUGCAGGGAGUUUAAAGCACAAAUUGUCAGAUUAGUGGGCGAUGUCCUAUUGGCGACUGGUUUCCUCUCAUAUAGUGGUCCCUUCAAUCAAACUUUCAGAGAUAUACUGACCAAAGUAAUCUGGGAAGCAGAACUACAGCGAAGGAGGAUUCCAUAUACAGAUGGUAUAAACCUGAUAAACUUCCUGGUGGAUCAAUCCACGAUCGGUGAGUGGAACUUGCAAGGAUUGCCAAAUGAUGACUUGUCAGUUCAGAAUGGCAUUAUUGUCACCAAAGCAACCAGAUAUCCACUUCUCAUUGACCCUCAGACACAGGGUAAAUCCUGGAUCAAGAGGAAGGAGCAAGACAAUGAACUACAGGUAACAUCACUUAAUCACAAAUAUUUUCGCAAUCAUUUGGAGGACUGUUUGUCACUCGGACGUCCUAUGCUUUUGGAAGAUAUACAGGAGGAACUGGACCCUGCUCUGGAUAACGUGUUGGAGAAAAACUUCAUCAAAAGUGGGACCACUUUUAAGGUGAAAGUGGGGGAUAAAGAAACUGAUGUGAUGUCUGGAUUCAUGUUGUACAUCACCACAAAACUUCCAAAUCCUGCCUACACUCCAGAAAUUAGUGCCAAAACAUCCAUCAUUGACUUCACUGUAACCAUUAAGGGUCUUGAGAACCAACUGCUUGGCCGAGUGAUCCUCACUGAGAAACAGGAACUAGAAGCAGAGCGGGUGCAGCUGAUGGAGGAAGUCACUGUCAACAACCGUAAAGUGAAGGAACUGGAGAAAAACCUGCUAUUCAAGCUCAGCACUACCAAAGGUUCAUUAGUGGAAGAUGAGUCUCUGAUUGGAGUCCUGCAGACAACAAAGGCAACAGCAACUGAAGUCAGUGAAAAGCUGCAUGUGGCAGCAGAGACAGAGAUAAAGAUUAUCACAGCACAAGAAGAAUACCGGCCAGCAGCCACUCGUGGUAGUAUCCUGUAUUUCCUCAUCACAGAAAUGAGCAUGGUCAACAUGAUGUACCAGACCUCACUGGCACAGUUUCUGAAAUUAUUUGACCAGUCCAUGGCCAGAUCUAAGAAAUCUCCUGUUGCUUCAAAGAGAAUCAGCAACAUUAUUGACUACCUGACCUAUGAAGUGUUUAAGUAUUCAGUACGCAGCCUUUAUGAAACACACAAAUUCCUUUUCACACUUCUGCUGCCUCUGAAGAUUAACCUUGAACGUGGAUCUAUAAAGCACAAUGAAUUUCAGACUUUAAUAAAAGGUGGAGCCGCUCUCGACCUUAAAGCCAGCCCACCAAAGCCUUUCCGCUGGAUCCUUGACAUGACCUGGUUGAAUUUGGUAGAACUGAGCAAACUCUCCCAUUUUUCAGAGAUACAGAGCCAGAUAAGUAAAAAUGAGAAGCUUUGGAAAGUCUGGUUUGAUGCAGAAGCACCAGAAGAUACAAUAAUUCCAAAUGGAUACAGCGACUCAUUGGAUUCUUUUGGCAGGCUGUUGCUUAUCAGAUCAUGGUGUCCUGAUCGAACACUUUCACAAGCUCGAAAGUUUAUUUCUGACUCAAUGGGAGAAAAAUAUGCCGAGCCAGUGAUUUUAAACUUGGAGACAACCUGGGAAGAAAGUGAUGUGCGAACUCCUCUGAUCUGCUUCCUGUCCAUGGGAUCAGAUCCUAGCAAUCAGAUUGAAGGACUGGCGAAGAGGCUUGAAAUUGAUUGUCGGGCAAUAUCCAUGGGUCAGGGACAAGAAGUUCAUGCCAGAAAGCUGGUGGCAAUGUCCAUGCAACAGGGUGGAUGGGUCUUACUGCAAAACUGCCACUUAGGUCUGGAGUUUAUGGAUGAGCUGUUGGAGACCCUCACAACAAGUGAGAAUGUGAAUGAAUCUUUCCGAGUAUGGAUCACCACUGAACCACAUCCGAAGUUUCCCAUCACACUGCUACAGACAUCCAUCAAGUUCACCAAUGAACCACCUCAGGGAGUGCGUGCAGGACUCAAACGAACAUUUACUGGGAUCACACAAGACCAAAUAGAAUAUUCCAACCUGCCCAUGUGGAAACCACUACUAUAUGCAGUUGCCUUCCUGCAUACCACUGUCCAGGAGCGGCGUAAGUUUGGUCCACUGGGUUGGUGUAUUCCAUAUGAGUUUAACUCCUCAGAUUUCACAGCCAGUAUCCAGUUCAUACAGAAUCACCUGGAUGACUGUGAUAAAAAGAAGGGUGUGUCAUGGAAUACUGUACGGUACAUGCUUGGAGAAGUUCAGUAUGGAGGACGUGUUACAGAUGACUUUGACAAGCGACUACUUAACUGCUUUACCAAGGUGUGGUUCAGCGAGAAAAUGUUUGAUCCCAAAUUCAGUUUCUAUUCUGAUUAUAUUAUUCCAAUAUGUCCAAACAUUGAGAGCUAUCUGGAAUAUAUCCAAACUCUACCCAUCACUGAUACUCCUCAGGUGUUUGGCCUUCAUCCAAAUGCUGACAUCACGUACCAGAGUAACACUGCAGCUGAAAUUCUCAACACUAUCACCAAUAUCCAGCCAAAAGAAAGUGGUGGAGGAGGGGGUGAGACGAGAGAAGCCACUGUCUUCAAACUCGCUGAGAGUAUGCUGAAGAAGUUGCCUCCAGAUUAUGUGGCACAUGAGGUGAAAGCUCGCCUCAUAAAAAUGGGGAUAUUGAAUUCUAUGAAUAUUUUCUUGCGUCAAGAAAUUGACCGAAUGCAGAAGGUUAUUACAAUGCUUCGCAAUUGCUUGAGUGAUUUAAAACUGGCUAUAGAGGGAACUAUCAUCAUGAGUGAGGAUUUAAUUGAUGCUUUGGACAACAUGUAUGAUGCCCGUGUCCCUCAGGGGUGGAAGAGGAUUUCCUGGGCUUCCUCUACCCUGGGAUUUUGGUUCACAGAGCUCCUCGAGAGAAACGCACAAUUUUCUACCUGGAUCUUUGAGGGCAGACCUAAUGUCUUUUGGAUGACAGGUUUCUUCAAUCCCCAGGGAUUCUUAACUGCAAUGAGACAAGAAGUAACACGAGCACAUAAAGGUUGGGCACUGGAUAGUGUUACUCUCCACAAUGAAGUAACAAAACUGAUGAAAGAAGAGAUCAAGGUGCCACCUAUGGAAGGUGUCUACAUCUAUGGCCUUUACUUGGAUGGAGCAGGUUGGGACAGGAGAAACAUCAAACUGACUGAAUCUGUUGCCAAGGUUCUUGUUACAAUGCUACCCGUCAUCUAUAUAUUUGCUAUCAAUUCCACAACACCGAAAGACCCCAAACUGUACAUCUGUCCAGUCUAUAAAAAACCCCAACGCACAGACCUGACAUUCAUCACUACUCUUUGCCUGAAAACUAUGCAGCCACCUGACCACUGGGUCCUAAGAGGGGCAGCCUUGCUCUGUGAUAUUAAGUAAAACACAAGUUAUUUAACUCAUGAAGGAAAGUUUUUAGAUCCCAAGAUAAUUUAACACUAUCUGAAUUUAGGUAUUACUUUCAUGUACAUCUCUAUAUCUACAAGUCAGAAUAAGAAAAAAACAA